AUGGAUGAAGUACUAUUCUACAUCUCACAAGGAGACCAGACUGAUUCGAAAAAGACAGCAGCUGAGUCAUUUGCCUAUACGUCGUCAAUUCAUUCUUCCAAACAAUAUCAAUCAUACAGGCAUGCAUCGUCACCUCUUUAUGGUACAUGCGUCACUGGAAUAGGUCCGGGAGAGCGAAUCUUUACCUGUGACGCAAAAAGGGCAUUGAUUAAUGUUUACUCGUACGGUAAAGAGAGUAUAGAUCAACGAAUACCCGUACCUGAAGCAUUGACUACUUUACAUAUUAUUCACCAUCCUAGAUUCAAUAGUAAGGAUGAUGUCGAUGAAAUGACUCCUCUUCAUGAGAAACCAGGUUUUAGAGUGCCGUGGUUGCUUUGUGGUGGAUCGAAGUCAGGUAAAUUGUACAUCUGGGAAUUAUCAUCGGGUGAUUUACUUUGUGUGAAAGAGGCUCAUUAUCAAGGAAUCUCAGUUAUUAAGUCAAGCAGUUGUAAAACCUUUUUAGUUACUGGUGGUGAAGAUGCAAGAUGUCUUGUUUGGAACUUGUCAGAGUUGAUAUCCAUUUAUGGUGGUGCUAAUAGUAAUAGAGGAGACGAGAAUGGCCAAGAUCAUUUACGAUCAAUUAAACCGUAUUGGGCUAUAUCGGAAAACACAUUACCAAUUACUGAUCUUCAUUUAAAUCCUACUGGCGUCAUUAAUGAUUUAAAAAUAUACACUAGUUCUAAGGAUGGCACAGUAAGGAUAUUCGAUUUAAUGACCAAGACGCAAUUGACUACAUUUAUCUUGCCUCAUUCGGUUGAAUGCUUGGCCCGGGACCCAGCAAACAGAGCACUCUACGUUGGGUUAUCCAAUGGACAAAUUAAAAUGAUUCCCUUGUACAAAUAUAAUGCGCACACUUCAGUACUUGAAGGUGUUGGCGGAAUGAAUAAAAUUAUAACUAUUGAUCCACAAGACCCCAACUUGGCUACUACAUUUGUCCAGCAUCAAGAUUCAUCGUCAUCAGUUUUGCAAAUAUGCAUAUCAAUGGAUGGAACUAGUUUAGUUUCGGGUGAUUCACAGGGACAAGUCUAUGUUUCCGAUAUAGUAACCAAACAAACAAUUAAAAGUUUCCCUAGUUUGAAUUUUCCCAUCGCUUAUAUCUAUUUGCAAACAAUACUGUCUAAAUCGUUAGAUAUAAGAGGUGAUAACACCACAAGGUCAGAUAAGAAGCACCGAAUGAUCCCCACUUUGAAGCGUGUAUUGGCCAGCAGCGAUCCAGUCGAACACACUUUGUUUAUGGACAUACCUGAACAAACCCCAGUGGAUAAUGACAACGAUGACGACGAAAGCAGCUGUGGUGAUUUCAGCUCUUGGUUGGAAAGAAAACGAAUUGAAGAAUUGCAAUUCAAAAACUUGUCAGAUAUAGACUCAACCGUGAAAACAAUUGGCAACAAGACCAGCAGCAACAACAACAUGGACACAAGUCACCACAAAACAUCCGAUACUAAUACAAAUUCAGAAUUGAAAUUAAAAAAGGUUUCGGAAGCAUAUACCGAUUUGCGAACUAAAUACGAGGAACUCCUCAAAGAACAUGCAAAACUUCUUGACGAUAAAACAAGCUCGUGA